AUGGAGGCACCUUUUGUGUUAUGGUUUGGGUCUGCCAAAAAGAAGAAGAAGAAAGUGAAGCGUGUGGAGAAGAACCCAGAAGAGCAAUUAGCUGAGAAAGAGAGUGUGUGGCAACAAGUCUCGUCCUGGCUGAUGAGGACUCUGAACAGGAUUUUCGCGGAUGCUCCGAGUCCUGACGCUGAUAUGCGCUAUCGCUUCCAUGCGGAUAUGACGCAGCAAUUGGCUGCAUCGGCUGCGACUGCCAAGACGUACGAGAGUAUUGCAAUACCUACGAGUGAGCCAUCAUCAUCUCCUCAGAUAAUCGUCACUGACGCUACAGAUGAGCUUGAGAUGAAGCCUCCUCCACCACAGCAAGCUCCAAGCCAGGUUGUGAGACCAGCUGCUGUGGAAUAUAGGGCUGCUAAACCAACUAGUCGUCCUUCGAGUCGCUCCAGUAUCUUCGUAUCGGUACCACCACCGUCGCCACCGUCUGCGGGGAGGAUACAACAACGCAGUGCACGACUCGGUAGCGAUGCGAGCUCUGUCAAAGCUGAGUCCAUCGGUCGUCGCUCUCGUGGAAAUUCAGGCGCUAGCGUGGUAGAAACCAAGGAGGAUUUUGUGCGUGCUGCAUCACAUCGUCAAUCUAUGGCCGUUCGGGCAGAGAGACGUGUGACCUUGGCACGGGAAGACGUGUCUUAUGAAAACUUGGAGGACGACGAAAUGCAGGUGUACGAAUACCUUGAGUUCGUCCGCGAGCUUCUUGACGGUCUUGCCUUGAAGAAACUCUGUCAGAAAAGUGGCCGUGUGGCUUCGCGCAAAUUGUACAUCACUGCCGACAUGCAGGUUGUGUUUUGGAACUCGAUCGCGGCGAUCAAGCGGCAAACACGAAAGAGCAGCCUUAAAACUGAGCUCAUCGAAAGUGUUCAGAAAGGAGUCCACGGUAGUGCUAACGUCAUGGCUAGGUCGACACCUGAGCGUGAAGCUCUUUGUGUAUCCAUCCGCUGUAGCGACGGUAAACAACUAGUCUUGGAGGCCAAAACCGAAGCUAUGAGGCAACGUUUGUUCCUUGGCUUCACGCGACUAGCUCAAGAGAAACAUGAACAAGAGGCUACGACUGCGACUGCACUGCAACCGACAAUCCCCGAGGAAAUCGAAGAAGAGUUUGACGAGGAGCUGCCUACGAUAGCUGAGGGACGUUCGCCUGUGACUAGGGCCAAUGAGACCGAGUUAGUGCAGCAGGAUGAGUACGAGGAGAAACUUCCUCCACCGGCGUUAGAAGAAAUGCUGCUUCAUCGUGAGCUUCUCUCGAUUCGAUCCAGCUACGGGAGUCAAGCUGACGAGAGUGAUGACCAACACGGUGGCAACGAUCCUGGUGAUGAAAGAAAGAGAGGUGAGGAAGCGGCUUUGUCACACGAGGAUGCUAAGUCAUCUCAGCUGCACGACGACAGACGAGAGGCUGAGCGACGAGAGGAAGAAAAAGUGGAGGAGGGAGUGGGGAUUGUCUCGCCUGCAAUUGACGACGAUGACAUCGACAAUCUCAUUGACGACCCAGAGUUGAGCCGAGAGUAGGUACAGUAAUCUCAUGCAAGCACACAAACACUUUCAAGUUGUUACAGCUACCAAAUACCUAAGCUGAAUUAAUACCGAUGCAUACAGUA